UAGCACACAACUUGAUGUAAUUCUUCACCUUCUUUUACUAGGAACAAGUCCGAAAUGAGUUCGUCAAUAACCGCAAUAGUACUCGAUGGACAUCCCGCUGCAUUCAGCGGCACCACACGCGACCAUGAUCCAAGCGUAGAUCGUACACAAAAUCUUCCACCCAUUCCGUUAUGGACGUGCAUGGUGGACGGUACACUGGAAUUUUGUCGAAUAGGUUGGGAAACUGCAUCCAAUCAGCUUCCGGAAAUCACAGUGAUCGCAGCAGGGAAACAACCUCAAUAUUUGAUUUCAGCUGGCCAGGCUGGUCAAGUAGAUACGCUGGUCGAACAACUUAAAGAAGUACAACCACGACAAACAACCCCUGUGGAUCGCAUCCAGAAUGCUUUGAUUUCAUUUUUUGAAAUUGCACAGACAGCACGAUACCGUACCUUACGCAUUGUUCUUAUGCUGCUCGACAAAGGCAGUGGGACCCGUUACAGCUACUCUAAUAAUGAAGGAUCAGAAGCGCGGGAUAUUCGAGCAAUGCUGUAUGAUUCAUUCAAAGAAUCUACGUCAUUUGAUUCUAUCCAUGUUGAUGUACUUCGGAUUUUUCCGCGUACUGACAACCUGCCGCCCAAUGUUGAGAAUAAUACGUUUGCACCCUCGGCCACGCUCUCGGUGUAUAAUAUCCCUAACCACAUGGAUGCCUUAAAAUCCGCUAUGCGUAAUUUGGCACAACUGUAUUAUAAUGUUGAUAUUCUACGUAUAACCAAUAUACCCAUGAAUGUGCGACGACAAGACAGCAGCACAGCAAUGACACAAACAGUGGAACUUUAUGCGCAAUGCACCGAAUCAUGUAAAGCUCGGCAUCAUAUACAUAUGCAGGCACAAAAUGACACUCGGAUGCCUAUUCAUGAUCCACGAUACCUUCGAUCCAAAGUUAUAAAUUUGGUAUAUGUCAAGCGAAACAAGCGUGUUGUUCAUGAUAUGCGAUGGUGUGCCUGCAGACACUCGGUUACAGUCCUCGUGGAUGACGGUCCUACAAAAGCUUACUUGGGGACUAUACGCCAAGGCAGCGUGUCGUAUCUGAUGGACCCAGAAAACAUCAAAGCUAACAAAGAAUGGACGCAUAUACUAAUAUCGGAUCAUGACAAAGUAUACCUUCACGUUUUCGAUCAUCAACUUGAACACAAGCUGGAAGAAGAAUCACAGACGCUGGUAGCCAAGUCAAAGGUCAAGACAGAGUACUCAAUGAUGGGUGCCCUUUCAUCAUAUCCCUUGAUAACUCCAGAUAAAGUCCAGGAAUUUACCCAGACCUUCAUAGUACCAAACAUGUAUCCGGAUAUACUGUCAGAUCUCCCACCAACGCAAAAAUUCAAGGCCUUCAAAUACUCGUCCGAAUCGCCAUUACUAUCCGUUUUAUCCAAAAACAUUCAGACCACGGAAAACAUUGAGCUUACGACGCGAUGGCUUACUUGUUUCCGUGACUGUAUGGGCACGGAUAAGUUUCCGGUUACUCUGGAGGAUAAUCGACCGAUCAGCGACUUUGCAGCAGAAGUGUGUAAUGGCUCGCCUUUGCAUUCUGGAUUCGGUUUGCUUCCGACGCUGAAUCUACCACUCAGUGCAUCAUUGAACAAGAUAAAAAAUGCAGUCUUUUCAAAAGAUCGAUCUUUGAUCAGGCCCACUAUCGGAGAAGUUGACAUGAUGGUAAGCCAGCUUUCAGCCGUUGCUGUGGGCAAGUCGUCGAAGAUGAUAAGCAAUUUUAAGAUGCUCAAGGAGGACUCGCGACUGAUGGCAAAGCGGCUUUUGAUUGCUUUAUACCUUGUCGGAAAACGGUUCAUGGAUAAUGCUGGAGGGAAAAAGUGCCAGGUUAUUUUGCCAUCCUCAUUUUGAUAGGGAGAUGGUGUGCAAACACAUACUGAAAGCAAUCAAUGAAAAGAAGAUUGAACAGCCUCUAAAAGAAGAAGAGCGGGCCUUUCCUAAUGAAAUAUCAUCCAAAGAAGCAUCUAGUAGUAUUGAAGCUGCCUGGAAUCAAGCCAAGAAAUUUGAAGGCAUGACUGUUCGGGAGCAAGAGGACUCGCGG